GUGGAGGAGACGGGGCGGAGAAGGCGAGCACAAAGUGUGGGAGUUGCUCGCAUAGCGCUUGUGCUUGCGGAGGGAUACUGCCGUCGGUGUUCUGUGUUGGGAUCUGGGGAUUUUUCUUUUCCUUUUCGGGGAUGGCGAACGAGCACACGUUGAACCAGUGGGAAGCCAAUUUGUAGCUCUGUUUAAUGAUUGCCACCAUAUCCCCGUCGAUCUCCUUGUUUGCUCAUCUUUUUCCAAUCCGAGCAGAGCAAGCAAACAGUAGUCGAGCUUUCUUUCUCUGCUUCUUUUCCAUCGAUUCAGUUCUUUCUCUGCUUGAAUUGCAUGAGUUGUACAUGUGACACACGACUGCCGGUGCAUUUUACUCUUUUAGAUUUAUAUUUAUAUAAAGAAAGAAAGAAAGAACGAGAGCCCGUAUGAAUGAAUCAUGCGGCCCAUGUCCAGAACUCAUCUAUCAUCUCUCCCCACCCACCCAAAUAGCCAAGCCCAAAGGGGGGGAAGGUUCCUCCCCUCUUUCCCCUUUGGUCUCUCCUCUCCUCAUGGAGCCCCGGCGCGUCGCCGCCGCCGCCGCCCGGCCAGAGUCAGAGUCAGAGAGCAGCAAGACGCGGCAAGAUGCAGCGGACACGCGGUGGCUUGAAACCCUCUCGGAGCCCGAGCUCGGUUUGUUGAUCGGGCUCAAGGAGGUGGCCGUGGCGCGGGCCUCCAACGCCGGCCAUCCUCACCUCGCCGACAAAGUCUUCCAUCUCCGCGCGCUGCGGGCUCUCGCGUUUGUUUUGCUGCAAGAAUCCAAAGAGCGACUAAGACAAGCGUCCUGGGUUGGUAAUGCAAGCAUCUUGGAGAGGCUUGCAUUGCUAAAUGAUCCUGAUCAUCCUCAGGAGGUGGUCAGGCCCAGCCAAGAUGUGAUGCCAAUGCCAAGUGGUAUCCACAAGAAACGAAAGCGGAUGUAGGAUGGGUGCGCUGGAGAGGAGGGUGCCCAGAGUCCAAAGAGACGAAAAGCAACAAGGGAGGACUACCUGACCAAGUAGAAGGUUCUUUUUUGAAUGGAACGGAAUUGAAUGGAAGUAGCCACGUCGUCAGUCUGCUGGCUUGGACAGGUAGCCUGCGGCAAGCGGCGGCUGCAACUGCAAUAUGGCCACUUGACGUCGUGCAAUGUAUAAUGUUUGAUGAAUCUUACUCGAGUCUUGUAUUGACCCUCCCUGUGCAAGAGACAGACCCUGAUUGCUAUAGUUCCUGCUCCUUGUGCACUUCUUUUUUUGGAAAGAAAAGAUGGUUGCAACCUUGAGACC